UAACCCCCAAAGCACUCUUAUAAUUCUAAUAAGCAAGACAACAAUCACAUAUUCAAGCAGUAAUCCAGCAUGCAUGAUCGAUUCUGCAGGUUUUUUUUAUAGCUUUUGUUGCAUUUUAUUCUCUGCCUUAAUCAGCUGGUAGAGAGCAUCAUCAUCGGUCUUUUGUUAUCACAUCACAAUAUACGUAACAAUGGAAAGGGAAGAAGAUAACUACUCUACGAGUGUGGCGGGCUUAAAUGGUAACAACUACGCAGGGAUAGAUUACUCUCUAUACCAAAACCACCUACACCGCCACAAACAGCAACAAGAAAAUCAUCAUCAGACUCUCAUGAAACAAUCUUCUGUUCGGGUAGACGGAGAAAAUACGGGUGAAGGAAAAGUUGUGGAUUACAUGUUUAAUAAUAGUAAUACUAAUAUUACUCAACCAUUAGUACCACCACCACCACAACAGAUAUCUUCUGGAUAUUCUCUUGAUAGAUUGAGCUUUGCUGAAGUCAUGCAAUUUGCUGAUUUUGGACCUAAGUUGGCUUUAAAUCAAAAACAAAUGAUGGAACCAGCAGCGGCUAAUGCUAAUGAUGGUAUCUCAGAAGUAGAAGAUCGAGCAGGAAAAGACAUGGGUUUGAUUGACCCUGUUUACUUCCUUAAGUUCCCAGUUUUGAGUGAAAGAUCCUUUGAUCAACAGACUCAUGACGGUGGUGAUGAUGUUCAGAAUAAUCUUUUAUUGGCCACUCCACCUCUACCAGUAAGAGAUGAUCAUGUAGCUCAUGAUCUUGAAGAGGAAGAUGAAGAAGCUCGGAUUAUUUUUUCCGAGAAUAGUUCGUUGAAUGACCGACUUGGCUUUCUUGAAGAGAAUAAUACUCAUAAUCAUGAAAAUAUCAUGAUGAAUUCUAGUGGUACUGAAAUGGGUGGUGUGACCACUAAAUUAAACAGACGUAAGAGGCCGAGAUCUGUAAAGACAAGUGAAGAAGUUGAGAGCCAAAGAAUGACGCAUAUCGCAGUUGAGCGUAACAGAAGAAAGCAGAUGAAUGGACAUCUAAGAGUUUUAAGAUCUCUCAUGCCUGGUUCUUAUGUGCAGAGGGGUGAUCAAGCAUCCAUUAUUGGUGGAGCCAUUGAAUUUGUAAGAGAACUAGAGCAACUUCUUCAGUGUUUAGAAUCACAAAAACGCCGAAGACUCUAUGGUGAUAAUGCAACAACUCUGGCUCCUAGUACUACUACUGCACAACAAUUACCACCACCAAUGUUUCCUCAGUUACCUCUUUCGUCAAACGACCAAAUCAAUAAGCUGGCGACUGCCACGAUUGAUGUUGAACAAAUGGGUGGUGGACAACUCCAUGAAGAUACAGCAGAAAAUAAAUCUUGCUUGGCUGACGUUGAAGUGAAACUGUUAGGUAUGGAUGCUAUGGUUAAGAUUUUGUCAAGGAGAAGACCUGGUCAACUCUUAAAGACCAUAGCUGCACUUGAAGAUUUAGAACUCGAUAUUCUUCAUACCAAUGUCACUACCAUUGAGCAGACUGUCCUCUAUUCUUUCAACGUUAAGGUUGUGAGUGAAACUAGGUUUACAGCUGAGGAUAUUGCGGGAUCAAUUCAGCAGAUAUUUAAUUUCAUCCAUGCAAGUACCUAAGCUACAGCUAGAGCUAGCUAGCAGUCUACCAGUAUGAUGCUCCAUUUAUAUAGAUCCAAUUGAUAAAAAUAAAUAAAUUAUAACUAGAAUAUUCAUCAUUUCAUCUACUCAGGAUUUUCUUUAUGUACUUUGAUAACUAAGACUAAGAGGUUAUCUUGCUAUUAUGAUAACUUAACAAAAGAUAACCACAAACAGAGAUAGUAUAUUGAUACAUAGAUUAUUUGUAACCCAUUUGGGAAUUAAUGCCAUUGUGGUUCACUACACAUCUCUCUGAUCAGCAUCAUACUCUCUUGAAUAUAAUUAUGAGUUAUAUAGUCUCA